AUGCAGAUCCAGCAAGCUGUAGCUCCCAGGCACGGGUUCUGGGAUACCAUUCCUCUUCGGGAAAGUGCCGUGAACUUCUGUGAAGAGGACUAUGCCAUCACAUACUACAUUGCCGAGUUCUUCAACACGCUGACCAGCCUUGCCUACAUCGCCUACGGCAUUCAUGGCAUCCGUCGGUACAAGAGGCAAGGCCUGAGCCUCUUCGCCGAGCCAAAUCUAUCAUACUGGGCACUGAUCGGAGUCGGCAUAUUUUCUGGAGGCUAUCACACCACAUUGAAGUACUACACCCAGAUGAGCGAUGAGUUAUCAAUGCACCUGGCUAUUGGCACGUUGCUCCACCAGGUCUAUACAUUCAACGAGCCGCCCAAAAUUCAGCGUCGCAACACGGCCAUAAUCGUCGGUGUGUUGGUGCCGUUCGUGAUAUACCACUGCGUCACGGAUGAGUUCCUGCUGCAUGUAAUCUUGUUCUUCAUCAUGUCGUGGAUGGUCGCCUUCAGGAUCCGGAAGCUGAUUCGAGAGACGGUCAAGGACGAAGGGCACCGGCGCCAGCUGCGGAGGCUAGUCGGCUUCGCCUCGUGGACGUCGAUGAGUGCCUACGGCAUCUGGAACAUCGAUGUUCAUUUCUGCCCAGCAGUACAUGGACUGAAGCAGCAAGUCGGUAUGCCAUGGGCCGUACUGCUGGAACUCCAUGGGUACUGGCACAUCAUGACCGCGAUUGGGGCAUAUACCUUCAUGGCUAUCGUCGAGUUUCUGAUCAGCCCGGAGCACCUCGAUAACCAUGGGCUCGGUUUUGCUUGGCCGGCGAAGACAGUAUUGCGCGACAUCAGCCACAACGCUGCAAACGGUCAUGCUAAUGGGCAUGUCAACGGUGGCAUCCGGAAGGAGGAUUAG